CGGCCUGGCCCACCCAGUCUCUUUCCUCUUCAUCGAUUCGAGUCUCCUCCCCCAGACGGCCAGGACCCCCACCAAGCCCUCUUCCUCCUCCUGCCCCUCCUCUCCCGGAAUCCGCCGCCAUGCCCUUCGUCCCGGGACCCUACUCCGGCGUCAGCACCCUCGCCCUCGUGGCCAGGGUCUCGGCUCUCGGCGUCGGCGUCGUCUACGGCUCCGUCAAGCUCGGCAUCCUCAAGGCGACCAAACCCCACAAGGAAGAGGCAGCUGCUCACCACUGAGGGCAGGGAUGCGCGCUGGUAGCUCCAGUGGAAGGACUCCGUAGUUUUUUUUUUGCAAUGUACCUGGUCCUACAUACGCUCAUGCAGUUUCUGAUUUGUGGACCUCUUGUCUCAAAACCCAAACCAGUUUGCUGGGGUUAAAUCUUCUUAGUUUCACUUUGUGCAAAUAAUAUCCUUGGCUGAAAGACUUGGAAUCGAGAAGAGAAAUUUAAAUCGCUUUGUUUGUUGA